CCAAGUCCAAUUCCUUUCGCCCUGUUCCCGCCAUCUUGGAGCAAAGCCAAAGAUUGCUUUGCUCUCUAUGCGAUUGACGGAUGUCAGACUUCCACGUGGGCCAGCGAGUUGAGUACUACAGCCCCUCGUUCUCCGAAUGGAUCGAGUGUAAAAUCGCCUUGAUCCGGCCGGAUGGCAAGCUGAAGCUGGAGCACACGGAUGGCAGCGGAGUGCUCAAGGAAGCCGCCGAGCCCUCCCGUGUGCGCCAGAAGCCGGGCGCCGCAAAGGCUCCAGCCACUUCAAAGAGUAUGCCACCUCCGGCGCCGGCGGCGCCGAUGGCAAAGAAACCUGUAAUCCCAGCAGCCAAGAAGGCGUCCAGCGCCUGUUCUUCACCAACACCUGGGGAUGCGACGCCUAGUCAUCGCCCUGCCUCGGGGCAUAAGGCCCCACCUUCGAGGCCAUCCAAGGGGAUCGUGAAAGACGUGGCAAGCGACGACAAGAUGUAUGUGGGCGACCGGGUGAAGUUGAAGGGUCCACCUGUUCGGCAUGGCGAGGUGAUGUACAUCGGUCCUGCGGCUUUCGCUGGAGGAGAGACCGUGGUAGGCAUCAAGCUGGACGAGAAACGCAGCACCAGCGACUGCGAUGGCAUGUACAAGAACGAGAGAUUCUUCCGGUGUCAGCCUGGACAUGGAAUUUACCAGGCUUUGGAGGAGGUGGAGCUGGUGCCUCCAGAACUGGCCGACGAGGACGUGCGGAUGUUGCCCAUGUCGGAGGCACCGGACACCGAGCAGUUCGACCUGGAGGCGGAGCUGGAGCUGCUCGUGGGGCUCAAGGAGGUAAAGGAGUCCAUCCGCCAUGCGCGGAACUUCAUCGAAGUCCAGAAGCGCCGCAGCAGCGUCACAGGGGACACUUCGGCGCGGCCGCUGCACUUUGCCUUCAUGCAGGGCACAGCAGGCUCUGGUGCAGGGAAAGUGGCCCAAGUUCUGGGUGGGAUGCUGGCGAAGUUUGGUGUUUUAUCUUCUGGCCAUACCUUGGAGGUGACCCGCAAGGAUCUCCUUGCUGGCUGUACUGGCGGCGAUGUGGAUGCGAAGAUGAAGAAAGUGGUCCGUGCUGCCGAGGGCGGCGUACUGCUCGUGCAGGGAGCUGACUGCCUCAAAGACACCGAGAAGUCCUCGGACCGCCUGGGGGAGGAGGCGCUGCAGUCAGUGACAAAGCUCUUAGAGACCGUGGCGAUACCCUGCGAGUGGCCACAGAGGCUAUGCCUGGUGCUUGCGGGACGUCGAAGCCAGCUGGGGCAGCUUCUGGAGACGCCCGGCGUUGGCAGCUGCAUCUUUGCACGCCUGGAGUUUUCUGAUCUCACAGCGGCUGAAGUGGCCCAGAUUCUGAGACAUUUGGUGAAGACACACAGUUUUCAGCUGAGCCAUGAGCUCACCGAUGAGAGGCUGGAGAGCUUGGUCCGGCGCCGCAUGGCGCGGGCUGGGGGCGACGGUGCCAAGAACGUGCGCUUAGCCAAGGCGAUGCUGGAAGAAGCGGUCAGCAGACAAACCGAUCGUGUUUGGGCCAAGGAAACCCUGUCCUUCACUGGCCUCACUGCACUGGUCGAACAGGAUUUCGUCGAUAAGAACAAAGAGAUGGACGAAGCAGCGCAGGCUGCGCUGAAGCGACUGGACGCCAUCGUGGGGCUGAAACCCGUGAAAGAGUUUGUGAGAUCUCUCUAUGCCACCCUCCUCAUGGAGCAGCGCAAAAGGGAGAUGGGCCUAGAAACUGCAGGUGGAAGCCCCACAUUGCACAUGGUCUUUCAGGGCAAUCCUGGCACUGGGAAGACCACAGUGGCGCGGGUGGUGGCUGACUUGCUCAAGGCUUUGGGUAUGCUCCGGACCGGACACCUCGUAGAGGCCGACCGUGCAGCCCUGGUGGCAGGCUAUAGCGGCCAGACAGCUUUGAAGACCAAGGCUGUUGUGGAAUCCGCGUUGGGUGGUGUGCUGUUCAUUGAUGAGGCCUAUGCCUUGGUGGGAGAUGAAGGCCACGAUUCCUUUGGACGGGAGGCCUUGGACACGCUCAUCAAGUUGGUCGAGGACUUUCGACAAGACCUGGUGGUCAUCCUUGCUGGCUAUAGCUCUGAGAUGGCGCGACUGAUUGAAGCCAAUCCUGGUUUGCGCUCUCGCUUCCCAACGGUCAUUGAAUUUGAUGACUACACUUGCGAGGAGUUGAUGGAAAUCGCUGAUGGCAUGCUCCUGCAGGACAUUCUUACCUUAUCGGAUCAUUCCGCCAGCGAGCGGCUGAAAGGUUUGUUGCAGAAGACUGUGCCAAAGCCUGGAAAGAAGAGCGAUCGACAAGCAGGGAAUGGGCGUGCUGUGCGCAAUAUCCUCGAGAGGGCCAAGCGAAAUCAGGCUUUGCGCCUGCAGCAAGAAGCUGCAGCUGGCAAAGUGCAUACCCAGACGGAUAUGUUGCAACUCAUCGCUCAAGACUUCGAUGGGUGUGAUACAUAAUGAAUUUCCAGAUGCAAAACAUUGAAGAUACAUUAAAUGUAAUUUGCAUGGUUUAAAGGGCAAUAACUCGGCAAAUACACAAAUAUUCACGUUUUGAAUAUGGAUUAUAUAUAUAUAUAUAGUGGUGCGUGUGUGUGUGUGUGUGUUGUGAGAAUGAUGGGUGAGUUUCGGCAGAAUGUUG